GAACAGUGUUAGAGUGAACCAGUUUAAUCAACAAAAAUAAUCGCGAUCAUAUGGUUUAGCGUUCAUUGCAAGCUGUUUUUCAUAACUUCUGAAGUGAAUUUACUUAUCUUUGUUAAAAAAAUCGAACUGCGAAUUUUCGGAUGUUACUAUGUGAGCUAAUAAUGUCAUUUAUACAAGAGGAUACUUUAUCAGGAAGUAUUCAAUCGUUUCUUAACUUGGAUAAUGAAAAACGUCAUAUGUAACAGUGACAGCUGUAAGCCGAGUAACAACUGAUGAUCUGUAGUUGUUGUUUUCAAAAUCAGAAUGCUAAUUCUGAACCUUCAGCAAAUCCAGUUGAUGAAAAUGUUGAAGACGGUGACAUAUUACAAGAGAUUGGAAAUGCUCAGUACACUUUAGAUUUUCUACGUCAAGUUGUUCAGCGGUCUACAAUGAUGGCAAACAACGAUCUAACUCAUGAGGAAUCUCCGCCACCAUAUGAAGACUUCAAUAAGUAUCCGAAGUUAAGUAAAUCAGAAAGUAGUACAAAUUCCUGCCCUACUAAAGUAUGUAUACAACAACCUCAACAGAUUGCAAAUGUAAACUGUGAGCAGUUUGUAAACUCUGCAGCACCAGCUGAAAUUUCAGGAGCUCAUUGGAUAGAACCUUUUCCAAAACCCCAAGGAGAUCCACCUCCAGCUGUAUUUGACUGGCUUCGUAAUCGAUUUGGUUCAUUUCGUCAAAGUUUAUUGAGUCGUUUAUCCUUCCGAAGCAGUCGCCUAACUGGAUCUUCACUAACAAGUUCACGUAAUCAUUCGGUUACACCAAGUUUCAUGUUAACUACAGAUGUUAUUCGUAGUUCAACGAUGGAUCAGUCGGAGCUGUCAACUUCAGAGUCAACUACGGCAUCAUCUGUUGCAGAAGCAGCACCAGCUUUUUCAAUAUUAGGCACUCCGAAUGAAAUGAAUGCAUCGUCAUCUUCAUCAUCGGUAACUCACGAAUCCGAUGCUCAAAAUGUCACAGACUCAUCUAUCAGUUUGUCAAAUGUCAACAAUGAUGAACAGAUACAAUCCAGUAAUAUUAGUAAACCGACUAGAAUUUUAGUCAUUCACGAGAAUAAUGUUAAACAAGCAAGUUCACACCAGACAAAUUUACCAGAAGAUAGUUCUGAUCCCUCGGAUGAUGAUGAUGAUGAUAGUAUUCACUCCAUGACCCAAACAUGUACAGAUAGCUGUAGGAUGCAAAAUUUAAUUGUACAAAAUUUGAAUAAUGAAAAAGAUUCAUCCUCAAGUGUUACGUAAUCCGUAAAGACACACAUAUAUACAUGUACCAAUGCUAGAUAUAUUUACACGUAAAUAUGAUACAAUAUGGGUCAUGUAAAUAAUUACAGGAAGUAAAUAAACAACUAAACAAAAUUAUUAUGUCUCACAAUUAAAUGCUAAUGAAACACUCGUCUUUUUUCUUGUUCAUUUUCUCUAAAAACUUUUACAUUUAGGAUUUUAUUUUACUGUUCGAUUGUUUGUUUGUCUGACUACUUUGUAACAAUAAACUUCCUUUUCACACUCAACAAAAAAGGUGUAACUAAUGGAUAGACAGUAUUCAGCCAAGAAAUUCCAUGGAAAUCUGAUGAAUUUAUUAAAUUCAACCUUAUUAACAUUUACUGCCUGUUUCAUUCACUUAUUUUUAAGAAAUAAAAAGUAAGGAGAGUAUUGUCCUCUAAUUUUUACAAGUGAUCACGUUAUCAACUAGGUAUGUUUGUUUUUUUAUCUGCUCUCUUCGCAUUCCUCUAACUAGUUUGUAGUUACUUAUAAGUGAAACACUUUCCUCUAUUUUCCCUUAUACACUUUCUAUGGCAUUUAUUAAUCAAACGUAUAUUUCUUGAGAAAUACUUGUAAUCAUUUUCUUAGUAAUUUUACUUUUUCUCAUCAUUUCCUCUAUUACAUAUACG